CCGUCUCAAAAAAAAAAAAAAAAAGCAGGCGGUUAGAUUGCACAGGCCCUGAACCCCAUCCUAAAGCCUCCAGCACUUUCAAAUGAGGGAUUACCACGUUUGCGGGUCUGCUGCAACUUGGCUGCAGUGUCCAAAAUGGGUGGGGCAGGUGGAAUUAAAGAUGAGGCUGUGGAGACAAGCUACUAGCAGAGAGGACACACUUUAAACCCUGGGAAGAUAGCAUUACCCAGAGAGGGGGAAGGAUGAGGACACUGCAGAGCCCAAGAUCAUCGCCAGAUCCGAGUCAUGCGGCUCCUUUGUUCCAGGAACCACAGCUGACCCUAGAAGCAAUAGCAGCAUUUUUCACUCCGCAGGUGCAUCUCUUCCACGCUUUGGGGUGCCUGCCCUGCCUCUGACUUCUGGGGCUGGGAUUUAAGACCCUACCAGGCCACAACUCGCCAGCUCAUAGGCGGUCAACUACUGAUUCCGUUCUUCGUCUCCUUCACUCCUUUACAUCGGACUCACGAUGGCUGAGCGGCAGCUCCCUCUCGUUAAGUGCUUCCCGCGUGCUAAACACCGCACCAAUUCCCCUUGGCCUUACAGGACCAAACGACCGGCGCGCUCAGAGAGGGUGUGCGGUUCCACUGAGGACGCCCAGCGGGACAGCCGGGCCCGCCGCGGUGAGAUCCCUCGACUGUCCAGCCCAUGCGCCCUCGCGGUCACGUGGCAUUUCUGGAACAUUCAGAACCUAACAGCCAGGAUGCAGGAAGGCCAGGCCGAGGCCGGAGCGCUGGACAACGCGGGCAGCUGGCGCUCGAGGGCCAGGCAGCUCCCACCGACUAGGACCCCCAUCCCGAUGCGCGGGCGAAGGGCUGGGGCCCUGUGCCGCUGGCGAUCCCGGGGACCGCCUGGAACUCGCAGCACUCGGGAGCGAGGGGAAAAGCAACCAACAUGCCCCGCAAUCGCCGGAGACACAGCUACAGACCCCGACUGUAGCCGGUACUCCCAUAUGCCACGGGCGGGGCGAAACCCGGCCUUUUGAAGGGCAGCGAUUUAAACCAAUCAGUGCAAAGAGUUGGCAACCCUCCGCCCAAUUGGAAUCGCUCUCAUUCUGAAGGCGGUUCCGACGUGGAGUCCGGCAGCCCAAUGGGUGAGGUGGAAACUUCCAGAACGAACAGAACCAAUGGGCGCGGCCAGCGCGACUACGAUUGGCAGUGCAAAAGACCAAUCCGUAUCGCAGAAGUCCGCUCCUCCCUCCAUUCGUGGAGCCUGGGAUGGGUCAGUGAGCUGAAGGAGAAAGGCAACAAGGCCCUGAGCGCAGGCAACAUCGACGAUGCCUUACAGUGCUACUCCGAAGCCAUUAAGCUGGAUCCUCACAACCACGUGCUGUACAGCAACCGUUCUGCUGCGUAUGCCAAGAAAGGAGACUACCAGAAGGCUUACGAGGAUGGCUGCAAGACCGUCGACCUAAAGCCUGACUGGGGCAAGGGCUAUUCACGAAAAGCAGCAGCUCUAGAGUUCUUAAACCGCUUUGAAGAAGCGAAGCGAACCUAUGAGGAGGGCUUAAAACACGAGGCAAAUAACCCUCAACUGAAAGAGGGUUUACAGAAUAUGGAGGCCAGGUUGGCAGAGAGAAAAUUCAUGAACCCUUUCAACAUGCCUAAUCUGUAUCAGAAGUUGGAGAGUGAUCCCAGGACAAGGACACUACUCAGUGAUCCUACCUACCGGGAGCUGAUAGAGCAGCUACGAAACAAGCCUUCUGACCUGGGCACGAAACUACAAGAUCCCCGGAUCAUGACCACUCUCAGCGUCCUCCUUGGGGUCGAUCUGGGCAGUAUGGAUGAGGAGGAAGAGGUUGCAACACCUCCACCACCACCGCCUCCCAAAAAGGAGACCAAGCCAGAGCCAAUGGAAGAAGAUCUUCCAGAGAAUAAGAAGCAGGCACUGAAGGAAAAAGAGCUGGGGAACGAUGCCUACAAGAAGAAAGACUUUGACACAGCCUUGAAGCAUUAUGACAAAGCCAAGGAGCUGGACCCCACCAACAUGACUUACAUUACCAAUCAAGCAGCGGUAUACUUUGAAAAGGGCGACUACAAUAAGUGCCGGGAGCUUUGUGAGAAGGCCAUUGAAGUGGGGAGAGAAAACCGAGAAGACUAUCGACAGAUUGCCAAAGCGUAUGCUCGAAUUGGCAACUCCUACUUCAAAGAAGAAAAGUACAAGGAUGCCAUCCAUUUCUAUAACAAGUCUCUGGCAGAGCACCGAACCCCAGAUGUGCUCAAGAAAUGCCAGCAGGCAGAGAAAAUCCUGAAGGAGCAAGAGCGGCUGGCCUACAUAAACCCCGACCUGGCUUUGGAGGAGAAGAACAAAGGCAACGAGUGUUUUCAGAAAGGGGACUAUCCCCAGGCCAUGAAGCAUUAUACAGAAGCCAUCAAAAGGAACCCGAAAGAUGCCAAAUUAUACAGCAAUCGAGCUGCCUGCUACACCAAACUCCUGGAGUUCCAGCUGGCACUCAAGGACUGUGAGGAAUGUAUACAGCUGGAGCCGACCUUCAUCAAGGGUUAUACACGGAAAGCUGCUGCCCUGGAAGCGAUGAAGGACUACACCAAAGCCAUGGAUGUGUACCAGAAGGCGCUAGACCUGGACUCCAGCUGUAAGGAGGCAGCAGAUGGCUACCAGCGCUGUAUGAUGGCGCAGUACAACCGGCACGACAGCCCCGAAGAUGUGAAGCGACGAGCCAUGGCCGACCCUGAGGUGCAGCAGAUCAUGAGUGACCCAGCCAUGCGCCUUAUCCUGGAACAGAUGCAGAAGGACCCUCAGGCACUCAGCGAACACUUAAAGAAUCCUGUAAUAGCACAGAAGAUCCAGAAGCUGAUGGAUGUGGGUCUGAUUGCAAUUCGGUGAUGACUUGUUCAUCCCCCCUUCCCUUCGCCCUCAUGUGGAAAGAGGAGCUGGGACCGCGGCGAGCAGUACGGAGCGGAAGGGAGAGCAGGGGAGAGAAGGCGUCAUCUCUCUAUAUUUAUACAUAACCCCGGGGAAGACACAGACUCGUACCUGCGCUGUUUGUGCCGCCGCUCCCUCUGGGCCCUCCCAGCACACGCAUGGUCUCUUCACCGCUGCCCUCGAGUUCCGUGUCUCCUUCCCCUGCCCCAGUUGCUGUCUCGGCUGCUCUCCCAUAGUUGGUUAUUUUUUAUUUGGGGCAGUGGGCAUGUAUGGGGAGGGGAGGGGUUCUUCCAGCCUCAGGUCCCAGCUGUCUCACGUUGUUUAUUCUGUGUCCCCUUCUCCAAUAAAACAAGCCAGUUGGGCGUGGUUAUA